AUGAAUUCCCACUCAGAUGUGUGCAUUGUUGGUGUUGCAAGAACACCAAUGGGCAGCUUCCUUGGUUCCCUUUCGUCUUUGCCUGCCACAAAGCUUGGCUCUAUAGCAAUUGAUUCUGCUCUUAAGAGGGCGGGUGUACAUCCAUCUCUGGUGCAAGAAGUCUUUUUCGGCAAUGUUCUUAGUGCGAAUUUAGGCCAAGCCCCUGCCAGGCAGGCUGCACUGGGUGCGGGUGUACCUCAUAGUGUGGUUUGUACCACAAUUAACAAAGUAUGUUCAUCUGGCAUGAAAGCCACGAUGAUUGCUGCCCAAACAAUAAAGUUAGGCGAUAACGAUGUAGUGGUGGUUGGUGGCAUGGAAAGCAUGUCCAAUGCUCCAAAAUAUAUCCCGACAGGAAGGACAGGGUCUCGAUUAGGACAUGAUACUAUUGUUGAUGGCAUGCUCAAAGAUGGGCUUUGGGAUGUGUAUAAUGAUUUUGGAAUGGGUGUUUGUGCUGAAUUAUGUGCUGAUCAACACAACAUAUCUAGAGAAGAACAGGAUGCUUAUGCUAUUAAAAGUUUUGAACGGGGUCUUGCUGCAGAAUCCAGUGGUGCAUUCUCAUGGGAGAUAGUUCCGGUCGAAAUAUCUGGUGGCAGGGGGAAGCAAUCUACCUUUAUUGACAAAGAUGAUAGUUUAGCAAAGUUUGAUGCAUCAAAGUUAAGAAAGCUCAGGCCAAGUUUCAAGGAAAAUGGAGGUUCUGUAACUGCAGGAAAUGCUUCUAGUAUAAGUGAUGGGGCUGCUGCUUUAGUUCUCGUUAGUGGAGCUAUGGCAAUUAAGCUUGGAUUGAAUGUAAUUGCCAGGAUCAAAGGCUAUGCGGACGCAGCACAGGCACCUGAGCUGUUCACAACUGCUCCAGCCAUCGCCAUACCAAAGGCAAUCGCUAAUGCUGGCUUGAAAGCAUCCGAUAUUGAUUUCUAUGAAAUAAAUGAAGCUUUCUCCGUUGUAGCUCUUGCUAACAAGAGGCUGCUUAAUAUUGACCCCAAAAGGUUAAAUGUGCAUGGCGGUGCCGUGUCCCUAGGACAUCCUCUGGGCUGUAGUGGGGCUCGCAUCUUGGUGACACUAUUAGGAGUGCUGAGACACAGCAAUGGGAAGUUUGGUGUAGCUGGGAUAUGCAAUGGUGGAGGAGGUGCAUCUUCUCUUGUUCUUGAGCUCAUUAACCAUCGGCCUGUGGGAAAGGUGGCACGUUCAAUGCUAUGA